UUUUCCCGCUGAAAUGAUUGUGCCGAUAGUAAGAGAUGGAAAAUUGCAAGAAUGGGCGAUUAUUGAACUCCAAGGAAAUUUAGAAUUCCAUUAUAAAAACAAGUGUUUUGUUGGAGAUUUACACUAUGAGAAAAACGAUACGCCGGUUUUAAUAAUUGGAAUGCAUAUUUUACAUGGCAAGGAAGCUAUGUUACCAAAACCGCUUGCUAUUUUGGAAAAACGAAAAGAUGAAGAUGAUAAUACUGAGUACGCAGUUAAAGCGAUUGUCAAAAAGAAACUUGUGUUUAAAGGACGGCCUAAGCCAAUUGUUGCCGUCUAAAACUACAUUAAUCUUUCAUCUCUCCUUCUUCGUCUUCUUCAUCAACGCCUCUUAUGUACAUGACAUUAUUACAUCUGAUGAGUACUUCGCCCAAGUUUCCGGUGCAAACUCCGUCUACAUGUUCCUCAGUG